GGAUCUUUCCCCUUCAGGUCUCCGGGGUCGGCGCGCCCCCUCAGCCCCGCCGCCCGCUUUCGGCCUGUCAGCUGGCCGUAGACAGGCGCCCGCGCGGCCGCUCUCAGAGUCCCGGCCCCGCCUGCGACGCUCGCAGCUCCUGGCGUUUACAGGUCCCUAGGCCAGGGCAAUGUUCCGCACCGCCGUGAUGAUGGCGGCCAGCCUGGCGCUGACCGGGGCCGUGGUGGCUCAUGCCUACUACCUCAAGCACCAGUUCUACCCCACCGUGGUGUACUUGACCAAGUCUAGCCCCAGCAUGGCAGUCCUGUACAUCCAGGCCUUCGUCCUUGUCUUCCUCUUGGGCAAGGUGAUGGGCAAGGUGUUCUUCGGACAGCUGAGGGCAGCAGAGAUGGAGCAUCUUCUGGAACGUUCCUGGUAUGCUGUCACAGAGACUUGUCUGGCCUUCACUGUUUUUCGGGAUGACUUCAGCCCCCGCUUUGUUGCGCUCUUCACUCUCCUCCUCUUCCUCAAGUGUUUUCACUGGCUGGCUGAGGACCGUGUGGACUUUAUGGAACGCAGCCCCAAUAUCUCCUGGCUCUUUCACUGCCGCAUUGUCUCCCUAAUGUUCCUCCUGGGUAUCCUGGACUUCCUCUUCGUCAGCCAUGCCUAUCACAGCAUCCUGACCCGUGGGGCCUCUGUGCAGCUGGUGUUUGGCUUUGAGUAUGCCAUCCUGAUGACUAUGGUGCUCACCAUCUUCAUCAAGUACGUGCUGCACUCUGUGGACCUCCAGAGCGAGAAUCCCUGGGACAAUAAGGCCGUGUACAUGCUCUACACGGAGCUGUUUACAGGCUUUAUCAAGGUUCUGCUGUACAUGGCUUUCAUGACCAUCAUGAUCAAGGUGCACACUUUCCCUCUCUUUGCCAUCCGGCCUAUGUACCUGGCCAUGAGGCAGUUCAAGAAAGCUGUGACAGAUGCCAUCAUGUCUCGCCGAGCUAUCCGCAACAUGAACACACUGUAUCCAGACGCCACCCCAGAGGAACUCCAGGCAAUGGACAAUGUCUGCAUCAUCUGCCGAGAAGAGAUGGUGACUGGUGCCAAGAGACUGCCCUGCAACCACAUUUUCCACACCAGCUGCCUGCGCUCCUGGUUCCAGCGGCAGCAGACCUGCCCCACCUGCCGUAUGGAUGUCCUUCGGGCAUCGCUGCCGACCCAGUCACCACCGCCCCCUGAGCCCGCGGAUCAGGGGCCACCACCUGCCCCCCACCCCCCGCCACUCCUGCCCCAGCCCCCCAACUUCGCCCAGGGCCUCCUGCCUCCCUUCCCUCCAGGCAUGUUCCCGCUGUGGCCCCCCAUGGGCCCCUUUCCUCCUGUCCCACCUCCCCCCAGCUCCGGAGACGCUGUGGCCCCUCCGUCCACCAGUGCAGCCCUUUCUCGGCCCGGUGCGGCAGCCACAGCCACAGCUGGUUCUGCUGCCUCUGCCCCAGCACCUGGCUCGACCUCCACCCCUGACGCCGGCCCCGCCCCAGGCUUCCCCUUCCCUCCCCCCUGGAUGGGCAUGCCACUGCCUCCACCCUUUGCCUUCCCCCCGAUGCCUGUGCCUCCUGCCGGCUUUGCUGGGCUGACCCCAGAGGAGCUGCGGGCUCUGGAAGGCCACGAGCGGCAGCACCUGGAGGCCCGGCUACAGAGCCUGCGCAACAUCCACACGCUGCUGGAUGCCGCCAUGCUGCAGAUCAACCAGUACCUCACCGUGCUCGCCUCCCUCGGGCCCCCCCGGCCUGCCACCUCAGCCAACCCCACUGAGGAAACUGCCCCUACAGCUGUCACUGCUGCCUUCUCCACCAGCACCCCCAGCUCUGAGGCCACCACCCCAUCCCUGGGAGCCUCCCCACCAGCCCCUGAACCUGAAAAGCCUUCAGCUCCUGAGUCAGCGGGCACCGAGGAGCUGCCUGAGGAUGGGGAGCCUGACGCAGCAGAGCUCCGCCGCCGUCGCCUGCAAAAGUUGGAGUCCCCUGUUGCCCACUGACACUGCCCCAGUCCUGGCCCCUG